AUGACCAACACUACGGCUGAGACUGAUGUCGAGAGAUCAUCCGUUUCCGUUGGUGCGGAAAAGGAUCCCAACGUAGUCAACUUUGACGGGCCCAAUGAUCCAUGGAGUCCGAUGCACUGGUCCUCAGCAAAGAAGACGACAAACAUUGUCAUUGUAACCUGCAUGACGCUACUCUCGCCCCUCGGCUCAACCAUCUGCUCCUCCGCAACGUUGGACAUUUUAACCCAUUUCAACUCGACCAACAAGACGCUUGGGUCCUUCAUUACCACGGUCUUCUUACUGGGCUACACCUUCGGACCUAUCGUAAUUGCCCCCUUGUCCGAGCUAUAUGGAAGAUCAAUCCUGUAUAAGAUCUGCCUGUUCCUGUUCGUGGUCUUCAACGUGGCCUGCGCACUCGCCAACAGUUUGGGUUCCCUGAUCGCAUUCCGCUUCCUCGCUGGCAUCAUGGGAUCCUGUCCCGUCACACUCGGUACCGGCUCAAUUGCUGAUCUGGUCCCUGCCGAGAAGCGAGCAGCUGCUAUGGGAGCAUACGUGAUUGGCGCUGCUUUGGGGCCGUCAAUUGGCCCCAUAGUCGGCGGAUAUUUGGCUCCAGCAGUGGGAUGGCGCUGGACCUUCUGGUUAAUGGCCAUAGCCUCUGGAGUUAUGUUGUUGGUCGCGGUCUUGUUUGUUCACGAGACGUACCCCUAUGUACUUCUCGAACGCAAAACAAAAGAGUUGCGUAAGCAGACGGGCAAUCCGAGUCUGCGGUCAGCUCUACAUACGGGCAAGGCGGCACACCAGCUAUUCGCUUUUUCCAUCUUCCGCCCGCUGAAGAUGCUCCUUUCUCCAAUCAUCUUCUCGCUAUCGCUCUACGCCGCCAUCGUCUACAGCUACCUAUACCUGUGCUUCACCACCUUCGAGACAGUCUUUGGCGAGCAGUACGGUUUCAACAGCGGUCAAUCUGGCCUGGCGGCCCUAGGCCUUGGCGUUGGGUCCGUCCUGGGCGUUAUCGCCUGCGGUGUUGCGGCAGAGAAGAUUAACAAGCAUUUGACCGACAAGAACGGCGGUGGUCCGAAGCCUGAAUACCGGCUACCCCCAAUGAUUGUUGGUGCAUUCGUCACGCCCAUCGGACUGUUCUGGUACGGGUGGUCAGCCCAUGCGAAGACACACUGGAUCGUACCUAUUCUCGGAACUGUCUUCAUCGCAAUAGGCAUGAUCUCCACAUACAUGGCCAGCGCCAUGUACCUUGUCGAUGCAUACACCGUCUAUGCAGCCUCGGUGACAGCUGCAAGCACCAUCCUCCGUUGCCUGCUAGGAGCCCUGUUGCCCUUAGCUGGGCCGUCCAUGUACAAAACCCUGGGAUUAGGCUGGGGAAACUCGCUCCUUGGAUUCAUCUCCAUCGCUUUCAUCCCGCUUCCUAUCAUCUUCUUCCUUUACGGCCAGCACCUUCGCGAAACCAAGCUCUUCAAUGUGGAAUUCUGA